AUGAAGCUGUUUGAUCGCUUUCGCAAGAUUCUCAUGAGGUUCAUCUUCUCCCUCCCUCCUAGAGGGACGUCUCAGGCCAACACUACAGGGCCGGGCCGGAGAUCGUGUGACAAACCUGACCCGCCAAAGACUUCAUGCAGCUCUUAUUACUCCUCCAAUUCCCAUUACAAUGAAGCCAUUGCCGACUGCAUCGAGUUCUUUAAUAAAUCUUCGCAGGAGGGUUUUUUAAAUGGCAGAAAAUCUGAUGUUAUGGUUUAA